AUGGUCGCCGGUAGUAGCCAGAUGGCACUCGGACAACGGCCGAGUAUACUGCCGGAUGAAGGCGACGAUCUCCGUUACAACCGAAUCCACGAGAUACCAUCUGAUGCGUUCGACAACCUCGUCCACCUACACACGAUUUUCCUCAACGAGAAUCAAAUCGAGCGGAUCCAACCGGGAGCAUUCCGGAGCUUGCCAUCGCUCAAGUAUCUCUACCUGAACAAAAACCGCAUCGCAACCAUGGCACCGAAUGCGUUCGAGGCACUCGACCGACUACAGAGCUUAUAUUUACAUUUCAACAAUAUUACUACGUUCGAGCGGCAAUCCUUCUCCGACAUGCCAGCCCUGGAGCGAUUGUUCCUGUACGGCAACCAAAUUAGACGGAUUCCCGAGGGAGCUUUCGGCGGACUGCCAUCGUUGAAGCGCUUCCGGCUCGACGACAAUCCACUGGAAUGCGAUUGCUCGUUGCUGUGGUUUAGCAAGUGGCUCCGAAGCCUGGGUCACACCGCUCAGGCCACCGGCGGUUGUGCCGUGCCGGAGUCGCUCGUCGGGAAAAACGUGGCCGAUUUGACCGAUGACGAUUUCCACUGCAGCAAACCGGAGAUUGUGACCGAGCCGAAAGACAUCGAGAUAAGCUACGGGCAGACGGCCGUGUUCAGCUGCAAAGCCAUCGGCGACCCCCGGCCGGAAAUUGUGUGGAUGCUGGAUGCGAACGAAAUCCACUCGGACGAUACGCGGAUCAACGUGCUCCCGGAUGGGUCCCUGCGGAUCGAUGAGGUCACCGCCAACGAUGCCGGCCAGUACGAGUGCAUGGCCAAGAACAACAUGGGCGAGGUGCAGUCCCGUCAGGCACGGAUGAUUGUCAAUAACGAGGUCAUCGAAACCGAGGCGGAGGCACCGAAAUUCAUACAGACACCACCGGCCGAGCUGGACCUGCUCGAGGGUCUUCCGCUGGUGCUGCAUUGUGUCGUUUCGGGGGCGCCCACGCCGAGCAUUCUGUGGAAAUUUAAUAAUCAAAACAUUCAGAACGGCCGCAUCAAGCUCUUCGGAAAUGGGUCACUGAUUUUGCCGGCAGCCUCGCUGGAUGACGGCGGAGUGUACAGCUGCUACGCCGGAAAUGCGAUCGGAAACGUGUCCGUCAAUGCCACCGUACAUGUCAAUGAAAUGCCACCCACGACAACGAUGGCAACAAUGGCACCAGCAUCGGAUCAUGCCAUGUCAUCCCUUUCAUCGUCGUCCUUCCAUGGUGAUGAUGAUGCAAUUACGCCUACCAUGACCACAGGGGCAUCCGCAACCUCGACAACCUCCUCCAGCAAAGCUGAGCCACGCUUCACACUGACACCGGAAAGUGUAACGACCAAAACCGGCGCCCGAGUAACGCUCGAGUGUGAAGCGGACGGAAACCCACUGCCUCACAUCUGGUGGAAGCGCAACGGGCAGCCUCUGAGCGAGACGAACCGGAUCUACCUCAGCGACGACGAUAUCGAGCUCACCAUCGAACACGUCAAGGAGUCCGAUUCGGGAAGCUACAUUUGCGUGGCGGAAAACGAGCUGGGAAGCAUCGAGUCGGCCGCCGAAGUGGCCGUGAUAAAUGACGUUGGCCCGCCGAGAUUCCUGUUCGAGCCGUACGAUCUGGAUGCCAUCGAGGGAACGACCAUCGAACUGCCCUGCAAGGCCGAAGACGACGAUAUCAUGCAGAUCAAAUGGCGCAAGGAUGGCCGCACGAUUACCCAGACGGAGAAGUUUCGCCUCUCGGCGGCGGGCAGUCUGUUCAUCUCCAAUCUCACCGAGGCGGACCAGGGCCGGUAUGAGUGCUCCCUGCUCAACCAGUACGGACGGGUGACGGCCAGUGGACUGCUGACGGUCAAGAAGAAACUGGAACUGCUCCCCGGCGACCAAUUCGUCCGGAUUGCCAUCGCCGAAGCGUCCCGCGAAGUGGACCUCGCCAUCAACCAAACGAUUGCAAAGCUCUUCUCGGUCGGUGCCAACAAGACGCAGCAGCAUCACGGUGACCUGUUCCGAAUCAUCCGCUUCCCAACGGGACCGGCUCGAGAACUGGCCCGAGCAGCCGAAGUCUACGAACGCGCACUGGUCAACAUCCGCAAGCAUGUCACCACCGGACGGAAUCUGUCUACCAACACAACCGAUUUCAACUACAACGAUCUGCUGUCACCGGACUAUUUGGACCUGCUCGCUCAGCUGAGCGGUUGUAUGGCGCACCGUGUGACUCCUAACUGCACGGAUCUCUGCUUCCACGCCAAGUUCCGUACGCUGGACGGUUCGUGCAACAACUACAAGAACCCAACGUGGGGAUCGUCGCUUACCGGGUUCCGACGGCUGCUGCCACCAAUUUACGAAAAUGGAUUCAACAUGCCGAUCGGAUGGAACAAAACCCGUCUGUACCAAGGAUUCUCUAAACCAAGUGCUCGUUUGGUUUCAACCAGUAUGAUUGCGACGGAGGUUAUCACUCCGGACGAGCGGAUCACACACAUGGUGAUGCAGUGGGGACAGUUUUUGGAUCACGAUCUGGACCAUGCAAUCCCGUCUGUCAGUUCGGAAAGUUGGGAUGGGGUUGACUGUAAGAAGACCUGUGAGUAUGCAGCUCCGUGCUAUCCUAUCGAGAUUCCGGAAGGCGAUCCUAGGGUGCGCAACAGAAGGUGUAUUGAUUUUGUGCGAUCGAGUGCAGUUUGCGGAUCGGGAAUGACGUCGAUCUUCUUCGGAACGGUACAACCAAGAGAGCAGAUCAAUCAGCUGACGGCGUACAUCGACGGUUCACAGGUCUAUGGGUAUUCGGAGAGUUUUGCAAGGGAUUUGCGAAAUCUGACCACGGAUGAUGGAUUACUGAGGACAGGACCGCAUUUCCCGAAUCAGAAGUCGUUGCUGCCAUUUGCGGCACCUACCGAUGGGAUGGACUGCAGGAGAAAUUUGGAGGAGAGCACGGUGAACUGUUUUACUGCUGGAGAUAUCAGAGUGAAUGAGCAGCUAGGUCUGCUGUCAAUGCAUAUCAUUUGGUUCAGGGAGCACAACAGGAUUGCGCAGGAGUUCAAAAGGAUCAACCCACACUGGGACGGAGAUAAGAUUUAUUUCGAAACCAGGAAGGUGGUCGGAGCGAUGAUUCAACAUAUCACAUACCAGCAUUGGUUACCGGAGAUUAUUGGCGAUCGAGGAAUGGCUUUAAUGGGUGAAUAUCGGGGUUACGAUUCGUCGAUUAAUCCGUCAAUUUCGAACGAGUUUGCGACGGCGGCUUUGAGAUUUGGUCACUCGUUGAUCAAUCCGAUUUUGCACAGGUUGAAUGAGUCAUUUGAGCCGAUCGAACAGGGUAACAUUCCGUUGCAUAAGGCUUUCUUUGCUCCGUGGCGAAUCGUUUAUGAAGGAGGAGUUGAUCCACUGUUGCGAGGACUGAUAUCGGUUCCGGCAAAGCUGAAGAAGCCAAAUCAGAACUUAAACACGGAUUUGACGGAGAAGUUAUUUGAAGCAGCUCAUGCCGUCGCGUUGGAUCUGGCAGCUAUCAAUAUUCAGAGAUCGAGAGAUCAUGCCUUGCCGGGGUACAACGACUACAGGAGGUAUUGCAACUUAAAGGUGGCGGUUAGUUUUGAUGAUCUGAAGCAGGAAAUAACCAGUGAGGAGAGCCGGAACAAGAUGAAGGAGAACUACGGUCAUCCGGACAAUGUGGAUCUCUGGGUUGGUGGAAUAUUGGAAGAUCAGCUGCCUGGGGCGAAGGUUGGGCCAUUGUUCAUGUGUUUGCUGGUGGAGCAGUUCAAGAAACUACGCGAUGGGGACCGAUUCUGGUACGAUAAUGACCAUUUCAAGCCAGAGCAGCUGGCGCAGAUCAAAAAGGCUUCGCUCGGACGAGUACUCUGUGACAACGGAGACAACAUUACUCGAGUAACCGAUAAUGUGUUUGUAUUACCGAGCAAACAGGGUGGUUACAAGUUCUGUGACGAGAUUCCUCAGUUGGACUUUGAGCACUGGAUCGACUGUAGUGAAUGUUCACGACAUCACAAGCGGUACGAUUCGUUGCCUAGGCAGCGAAGAUCUAUCAGAGCAAAACGGGAAAUCGAGAGCAAGUUGGCCAAGCAGCCUGAACCGGACAAUCACUUGGAGGAAGAUUCCUUCAUAGACGACGAUAUGAAUGAGGAGCGUAUCGAAGGACUGGAAUCACUUAUUGAAACGUUCCAGAAAUCGAUGAAGCAGAUGCGAAGGAAGAUUCGACGAUUGGAGCAGCAGUGUUCGGCGGCAGCAGCUACAUCAAACGGCAGCACUAGCCCGGUUAAGGGGAAACCGCAUGGCCACUGCGUAGACAACAAAGGAAUCAAACGGCUGAACAACGAGAUCUGGAUGCGGGACGACUGCACCAAGUGCGAGUGCGAGCAUCACCAGAUCAGCUGUGAAACGGAGAAAUGCGCCGAGUUGAUCUGCGAAAACGGGUUGGUACUGAUGAAGGAAGACGGCAAGUGCUGUCCGACGUGUUCCGUAGAUGACAGUGGACUAGCAGUAACCUCGAAGGAUUCGCCAUGAAUUUAGUAGCUUACGAACGAAAAGUGAUGAUGAUUAUACAAAACAGGUAGCGUUUUAGAUUUCAAGUUAGACGUUGAUAUAUAGCGUUUCGUGGAGAAUCCACUACUCACUGGUAGUUUCUAAGCUACAUGCGUUCUUUCGGAAAACUUACUUUCUAACCAAACAUCGUGCCAAAUGAUGUCAAUAUGAAGGAAUUAAAAAAAAAAAGUAUUAGGUUUGCUGGAUGGCUUUACUUUACCCUCACAUAUUUUCUAUAUCGGAUACUCACACUUACACAGUAACAAGUAGCAUUUUCUGAGCCAAACUAAGAUAGCAUCGUUGUUUCUAUUCACCGUAUUAAAUUAUUGAAAAAGAUUUGCAUUUGAAAAGAAUCGCGAUGAAGAAUUCAACGAUCCAAUUUGUUUCAUUUUAUAUAAUUCUCAGUCCUGGAGAAAUGUAAGAAACGGAUCGGAUCUACUGCAAAGGUAGAAACAAUUUUAGGUUUAAAUCCAACUGAAGCAAAUUGAUACAUGGACAUUGUCAAAAUAUUCCAUUUCUUAUUUUUAACACGACUACCAACACCGUGGAUUAUGUAAAUACAAAAAUAGCGAAAAUAUACUUCGAAUUAUUAAACCAAAGUCUACAAUUGGAAAUUUUCUCCCCUUUUACGGUGUUCCAGAAGAAGUAAAAUCAAACAUUUUAGAAAUUAUAAAGAAUCAAAAUAUACAAGUCUCCUAUCAACCAACAAAGCAAAAACCAAGGAAUUAUUGUUCUCCUAAUCUCAGCAUUACACAACACAAAGGAAACAAAAAAAAAAACUACAUUAGCUCGUAAGUCGUGACACAACCAAUAAACUAAACCAGACACGAGACGUGGAAUUGUCAUCCUGAAGAAAAACCAACACUAUUCUAUUAUAUAGAUGAUAAGAAGCAUGAUGUAGUAAGUUUAACCAGUUUUACCAAGAAACCCGGUACUUCACAUUGAAAAAAAAAAACACAUUUAACAAAGCAAAACAAUUGAAUCAAUAAAAACAAUUACCACUUUUA